AUGACACGAAUGACACUGCCCGACCAAGAUUGUGUGGUCACUGAUCGAGGUGGCAUUAUCGAAAACACCCAUGGCGUACAUAUCGCAGUGACCGACACAAAAGGAAACAUCCUCUAUUCAGCUGGAAACCCUUCUCGAAUGACUCUCUCUCGAUCAGCAGCCAAGCCCACUCAGGCUGUAGCUGUCAUUGAGACCGGCGCAGUUGAAAAAUUUGGAUUCAAUGAUGCUGAUUUGGCCCUUAUGUGUGCUUCACACAACAGUGAGGACUUUCAUAUUGCGCGCGCCAAGACUAUGCUCAGCAAGAUCAGAGCCGAGGAAAAGGAUCUUCAAUGUGGCGGUCAUUCUGCAGUUUCAGAGGAAGUGAAUCGAGCAUGGAUCAAAGCUGGAUUCGAACCGACAGGCAUCUGUAACAAUUGUUCUGGAAAACAUGUCGCUAUGAUGGCAGGCGCCGAGAUAUUGGGCGCUGAAGUGCAAAACUACCAUCAAUCCGAUCAUCCUAUGCAGCUUGAAGUCAAAAGAGUUGUUGAAGAACUGUCACUCGACCCAAAACAAGUUGGAUGGGGCGUUGAUGGAUGCAACCUCCCAGCGCCAGCGUACCCUCUCUACGACAUGGCCAACAGUUUUACAAUCUUUGCAGAAGCAGCAGACGCUGUCGAAACCCAUGUGGCAACAACACAGAGAACUUACAACCUCGCACGCGUUUUCAAUGCCAUGACACAAUAUCCUGAACAAGUCGGCGGAACGGGACGUUUCUGCACCGUGCUCAUGCAGAGCUACAAGGGGCAACUGUUCGGCAAGGUUGGUGCCGAUGCUUGUUACGGAGUCGGUAUCCGAGAAUCAGCAGAUACUCGACGUCUUGGGGCAACAGGCGCAAUUGGUAUUGCUGCAAAAGUCGAGGAUGGAAAUCUUGAAAUCUUAUACGCAGUAGUCGCUGAAGUCCUUGAACAGCUGGGAGUCGGGACGGCGGAGCAGAGGGCGGAGCUCGAUGGUUUUCACUAUUUGAGGAGGAAAAACACGAUGGAUGUUGUCACGGGGCUGGUCAGAUUUAAUUUCAAUUUAGUCCCUGAUGGGACAGAAUAA